AACGGGGUCUGGGUGAACUGGUUGGGUGGGAGGUGGGGGGGUGUCUGUGGUCUAACCCACCGCGACCUAAACAGCACCAGGAGAGAGAGGAGGAGGGAGCUGAGCCGAGAGGAGCCGCGAGGAGCCGCAGCAGUAGCAGCCCCGCCGUCGUAGCCCAGCUUUCAUGGGCUAGCCGGUUAGCUAGCUUAGCAUCGUCCGACUGCGCCGCACCGCCUGUCCUGCCCGCCCCGAAUCUCGGCUUGUUCUCUCUGUGUUUUCCUCUCCGUCUCCCCGGGUCCUGGCUCCCCACUCCAAGAUGAUGAAGUUUAGAUUUCGUCGGCAGGGCACCGAUCCACAGAGAGAGAAGAUAAAACAGGAGCUGUUCGCCUUCAACAAGACGGUGGAGCAUGGGUUCCCCCAUCAGCCCAGCGCUUUGGCUUUUGACCCCAAGCUGCAGCUCAUGGCCAUUGGCACAAAGUCAGGAGCCAUUAAAAUCUAUGGCGCCCCUGGUGUGGAGUUUACAGGGCUGCACAAGGACACAACUGCCGUCACGCAGAUCCACUUCCUUCCUGGACAGGGUCAUCUUCUGUCGCUGUUAGAUGACUGCACGAUUCAUCUGUGGGAGCUGGCGGCCGGGUCACCCAGAGAGGUGGGAGGAGUUAAGAAAGAGGGUGUGAUCUCUCUCCAGGAAGUGGACAACUGCAGUCUCCCAGGACGACCUGGCAUUGAGAGCUGCAGUGCCACUCGGGUGACUGUCCUCCUCCUGCUAAAGUCGUGUGAGCUGCUCUGCAUCGGAACAGAGGGAGGAGGCGUGUACUUUCUGGAGUUGCCCCACCUCUUGCUAAAAGAAAGCCAGAUACUGCUGCAGGAUCAGGUCACACAGAGCCUGCCAGACAACUACAGAUGUGGGAAAUCUUUAGGGCCAGUGGAAUCUCUUCAGGAGCAUCCUCAGCAGACAGGAAAAAUUCUGAUUGGCUACAGCAGGGGACUGGUGGUCCUUUGGGAUCUGAGCAGUCAUCAUGCUGACCAGCUGUUCCUGGGCAAACAGCAGUUGGAGAGUCUCACAUGGGAACGAUCUGGAAACUUAUUUGUCAGUUCCCAUAACGAUGGAGGCUACUCUGUGUGGGCUGUUACUAGCGGCAACAUCUGCAAUCACCAGCCAGUGUCCUCCACCAUCCCAUAUGGUCCAUUUCCCUGUAAAGCCAUCAACAAGAUCCUGUGGAAGACAACACAGACAGGGUCUCCAGUGCUGUUGUACAGUGGAGGGAUGCCCAGAGCCAGUUAUGGUGACCGCCACUGUUUGACUAUCCAACAGGACAAAGAGCACGUGACCCUCGACUUCACAUCUAGAGUGAUUGAUUUCUUCACUGUCCACAGCAUAGAGCAAGAGAAAGAGUUUGAUGACCCAUCGGCUUUAGUUGUGCUGCUGGAAGAGGAACUGGUUGUAAUUGACCUCCAGACCCCUGGAUGGCCCUCUCUGCCCACACCCUAUCUUGCUCCUCUUCACUCUUCAGCCAUCACCUGCUCUUGCCACAUCUCCAGCGUCCCUUCAAAACUCUGGGAGAGGCUCAUCAAUGCUGGCAAAGCACAGCAGGGCCGGCAGCAGAUGCACAGGAGCUGGCCAAUUUGUGGAGGGAAAAAUCUGGCACCUCCACCUAAACAGCAAGAGCUGCUAUUGACGGGGCAUGAGGACGGCACUGUGCGUUUCUGGGAUGCGUCAGGUGUUGCUCUGACUCCAGUGUACAAACUCAGCACAGCCAAUGUCUUCCACACCGACUGUGACCCUAGCGAUGACCCUCAGGACCCUGACAUGCAGCAGGAGGAGGAAUGGCCUCCAUUCAGGAAGGUGGGCUGUUUUGACCCGUACAGUGAUGACCCCAGGCUUGGCAUCCAGAAGAUCAGUUUGUGCAAAUACAGCAACAAGCUGGUGGUAGCUGGAACCGCAGGGCAGGUGAUUGUGCUGGGUUUGAGUGAUGAGCAUUCAGACCACCUGGUGGACAUGUCAGUGGUUGAUCUCCUGCAGGACAGGGAAGGCUUCACCUGGAAGGGCCAUGACAAGCUGGAACCGCGCCUCAAACCCGCUCCCUUCCCUCCAGGCUUCCAGCCACUGGUGCUGGUUCAGUGCCUGCCUCCGGCCUCGGUAACAGCGGUGGCGCUGCAUGCUGAGUGGAACCUCAUCUCCUUUGGGACGAGUCAUGGAUUUGGCCUUUUUGACUACCACAGACGAAAUGCUGUGCUGGCCAGAUGCACCCUGCACCCAAAUGAUUCUUUGGCAAUGGAGGGUCCCCUGUCCAGAGUGAAAUCAUUGAAAAAAUCCCUACGACAGAGCUUUAGACGCAUCCGUAAAAGCAGGGUUUCUGGAAAAAAACGCACCAUCAGCACACCCACAAGCAAGGUUCAAGAGGCCAAUGCUGCUCUCGCAGAGCAGGAGGAAGUAGCUCCAGUACAACGAAGGAUUGAGCCUCGGUCAGCAGAUGACUCCUUGUCUGGAGUGGUCCGAUGUCUUUGCUUUGCAGACACCUUUCUGCGUGACGGUACACACCAUGGCCCCACACUAUGGGCAGGCACCAACUCAGGCAGUGUGUACACCUACGCUCUGGAGGUGCCUGGUGUCGGUUCGAGACGUGUGUGUGAGCGUGGCGGAACGAAUGAGAGCAGUGUGUGUGUGGAGGCAGUGCUGGGCAAAGAAAUCCAGCUGAUGCAUAGAGCUCCUGUGGUGUCGAUCUGUGUGUUGGACGGCCGGGGGAAACCGUUACCAGACCCGUACGAAGCCUCACAGGACCUCGCCAUCACGCCAGAUAUGACCAACGCUCACUCUGUCCUCAUCGCCUCUGAGGAACAGCUGAAAGUGUUCUCUCUCCCUAAAGUGAGCGCUAAGACCAAGUUCAAGCUGACGGCACAUGAAGGCUGUCGGGUGAGGAAGGUGGCCCUAGUGGUCUUCAGCUCCACAGCUCAGGAGGACUACAGUGAACACACACUGGUCUGUCUGACCAACCUGGGAGACAUGCACCUCUUUAACAUACCUGGCCUCCGACCACAGGUCCGUUAUGACUGCAUUCGUAAAGAAGACAUCAGUGGCAUUGCAUCCUGUGUCUUCACCAAGAACGGGCAGGGGUUUUACCUGAUCUCUCCUUCAGAGUACGAAAGGUUUUCUUUGUCUGCUAAGGUUCUCACUGAACCGCUCUGCUCUGUUCAACUGGACCGACCACUAGAGCCCUCACCUGCCAGUGAUGGUACGAUGACGCAGCCGCAGGCCAACGGAACCCACAAGAACCAGAUGGGUCAGGCGGAGGGGCAAACAGAGGAGGUUCCAAGCACCCUGUCCUCCCCCAUCCUGGACACCCCGCUGGACUCCCCCCUCAGCUGUGCCGACCUCAGCCUCGACUCAACCGGAGAACUAACCGUGGAGGACGUCAGGGAUUUCCUAACAACUGUAGAUGAGGCGGAAAACAACCUAAAGAACAUCAAAGAAGAGGAAGGACGCUCACCUGGCAUCCUCAUCAACUGAACAGUAUUACAGGGAGGAGCCCAAGUGAUCUCGAUGGACUGGAUUUCAGUGCUGGACCACAAACAUCUCCCAUCAGCCCACUGUGGAGCCCCCCAGUCAGCACUCUGCAUUCUCCUGUUAAACGGCAGGAAAGUCUUACAACGUACACAGAAAACAAUGUUAAAAACUCUGUAAGAACAAACUCUUCUUCUUCUGUAACCACUUUGGAAACAUGACAUUGCCUCUCACAUGGUGACAGAAAGCCCAGCGAGCACAGUGUGGUGUCUGGACAGCCUCGGAGCUGAUGAUUCCAAACUGAAAUAUUUACUUGGUCAUUUCUUUGCGAUCAUUGCUCCUCCUGCUGACUCUAUGGUUACGGCGACUGUGGCUCGGCCUUCGAAGAAAUAUUCUACAUAGGAGACUUACUGGUGAUGUUGCCAUGUUUUUAUUUUUCUAUCCGCAGUUUUGUGGCAUUGGAGGCUCGAUCCAAGGUUUUGAAACCAGUGCUCUGUGACCAAAUGCUGGUUUUCUUGUGCACAGUAGUGGAUGUGAUGGAUUGUUUCUGCUUAAUGUACACGACAGUACUGUGAAGGAGCUGCUUUUAUGAACUGAUGGUAUCCAGCAGUGACUGAAAGGGAGCCAGUAAGGGACAAGCACCUGAAGUACUUUGAAUAUUUGAGUUGUAGCAUUUCUGUUUCCCCUUUGGCACCAGUGUGGGCAGUUGUAUUGCUCAUUGUCCUGUGUGGCACAUUAUAAUCAUCGCCAAGGUUUUAGGAAGCUCUUUAGGUAUGAAGAAGAAAAGUACUGGAAUAGUGAAGGUGUUUUUGUAUUGCAGAGAUUGAGGCUCUAUUAAAUAUAUUUUGUACAGCUUUUGGAGAAGAUAUUUUAAUGAUAAGUAGCGAGGAAAAGAUUUCAGCCUGUGACUUUAAAGGAAACCAGCUAGGAAGUGUUUUUCGGACUAGAAUUUUUUUUCUUAGUUUUGAAAUAUAAUUUUCUCUUACAAGAAGGAAUCAAUAGGACCACAAGAAGUGAAGUUACAGCCAAGAAUAACAGUUCAGUUUUAAUUUUCUGCUCCGGUUUGGUAAAAAUCUGUGUUUAAAGACAAGAAGUAUAUUCCCAGCAACCCAAAAUGAAGGGGAUGAAGGUAAAGAAUGUGGUAAAAUGGAGCUUUCACUUGAAUUCUUCUUCCUCUGUAUGUCAUCAUCUCGCACAGAAAUCUUUUGAAAGGACUCAGUGAAGUGUUGCAAGGUAAGCAAGGUCAAUCUGAAAGUGUAACAUACUGGAGAUUUCUUCUCAAGGUCUCUGAAUUGGUGCAUUUCAGCUACAUGCAGAGAUCAGUGUUUUUACCCCCCCCCCCCUUUUUAUGUUGUUUUACUGUGUAAAAGCAAAUACAUACAAUAUCUAUAACUGGGUUCACAGAAGACAGGUUUGUAACAGCAAGCUGACGAUAGAGUAAAAAUAUUCAAACCAGUAUUCCCUUAGCUUCUUGAUCCUUGUUUACAAAAAAAGACCUCAACUAACUAUUGUAGCUCAGCAGGUAGGAAUCAAUGCUAAUGCAUUUUGUUUUUUAUACUUCGAUAGCUCUUUUUUUUUUGGUGUUCUGGUUGACACACAUGGUUAACCCUUUCAUGCUACAGCUGGCACGAUUUACCUUUUUAAUUCCACAGUUGAGAUGAAUUUGUUUCUAUUUUGUCAUCCAGUUUCAUGUGUAGGAAUUUAUUAAUCAGGUCAUUUAGCAUUUUGGCUGAUGAAUUGUGAAUGUUAAUAAAAUUAUUUACUCUCUCUAA